ACUCCUCCUUCUCUAGCCAACGCUACUAUUUUGAUAGAACAAUGGCAACCCAACAAGAGCUCCAACUUGUUGAAACAAUCACCUCCCUCUAUGAAUCCAUCUCAAAGCUCCCCUCCCUCUCCCCAUCCGACCAUGUGAACCAACUCUUCACCAAGCUAGUCACCACUUGCAUCCCUCCUUCAUCCAUCAACAUCGCCGCUCUCUCCGAUGAGGCCCAAGCCAUGCGCUUAGAGCUCAUCAAGCUCUGCGGAAAUGCCGAAGGGCUCCUAGAAUCUCAUCACUCGGCUCUCAUCUCAAACCAUGACAGCCCACUCAACCACCUCUAUUCCAACUAUGAACAACUCACAAAACUAGAGUUUACACUCCUCUCCCGCCAUGUCACAACUUCUCCUUCCAAGAUCGCUUUCGUCGGGUCCGGCCCCCUCCCUCUCUCGACCCUUGUUCUCGCGACCCGGUACUUGACGGAUGCGGUCUUUCACAAUUAUGAUCUGGACCCGUCUGCAACGGCAAAAGCGAGGAAGUUAGUGGAGUCAGACCCCGACUUGGCUGAGAGGGUGGUGUUUCGAACGGCGGAUGUGAUGGAGGUGAAGAGGGCCCUAAGAGAGUAUGACGUGGUAUUCUUGGCCGCGUUGGUUGGGAUGGAGAUAGAAGACAAGAGGAGAGUUCUUGAGCACUUGGCUCUCCAUAUGAAGCCUAAUGCACUCCUUGUGGUGCGCAGCGCACACGGAGCUCGCACAUUCUUGUACCCGGUGGUAGAGACGGAUCAGGAUCUGACCGGAUUCGAUGUGCUCUCCGUGUAUCACCCGGAAGACGAGGUGGUUAACUCGGUGAUCGUUGCGAGGAAGAAGGGGAUUAAUGUGGUGCCUUGCAAGUGUUGUGAGCCGUUGGUUGGUCAGCUUGAGUAUCCGGGUAGUUUGGUCGGGGAUCAGCUUGCGAUCGACGGCCAACGCUACUGAUCGGCGUUAAUCAACCGAAUCCCGGCGAGUACUUUGGGGUCGAAGUGAUGUUUUUAGGUUUCUUUUAAUUUCCUGCGAGUCCCCGUUUACGAGGUUGCCGUGGUGUGACUUCCCUUUCCGGAGCUUAUUGUUGGUGUGGCUGUAUCUCCGUUUUAAAUUUUCUUCAGAGAAUAAAUGCGUCUUUCAUGUAUGUGGAGAUAAUUAAUUGUG